CACACCUACCCACAUGCACAUCCAGCCAUGUCCUGCACUGUUUCCAUGGCUUCAGCCGGACGUGAAUGCAUACUGCAGGUCGAAAGAUAGAGCAGAGAUUGAAGGCCAGAAAAAAUGCCAAUCAUUUACAGUCUCAUCUCCCGUUCUUCAACUGUGUUGUGUGAGCACUCAGAGACGACACACAUUGACAAUAUUUCAAUGCGUACCAGUGCGUCGCAGAUCCUCGCCAGUCUCCCAUCACAUGACACUGAAGUGAUAUAUUCGAAUUCGAACGAUGAAUAUCUCUUCCAUGUUGUUGUAUCCAAUGGGAUCAAGUUUAUGUGUCUCACUGAUUGUGAGACGAGCCAGAGCCAAGCUUUUGGUUUUCUGUUUGAGAUCCGGCGGAAGUUCAAUUCUAUGGCAAACGUGCUAACGCGCACGGAAACGGCAAAUCCGUAUGAGUUGAAUAAAGAGUUUGCUGAUGUUCUGGCAAUUGAAAUGAGGCGGUACUCGAAAAGAAUGCCCAAAGGUAUACAAGAAAUGUUGGAUGAUCAGAUUGUCUCAGCCAGUUACAUGUACCGUACUACAUUGAGCCUAAAGAUCGCUACACCACUUCCAGUGGAAGGCCAGACAUCUAUGUUGCGGAAUCAUUCUGCAUGACAGCAGCAGAAUUAGACAUUGUUCUAUCACAUCCAUUCAACAAAGAUAUUCUAUCUAGAGCUGCCUAUAUUGAUGGGGCUGCCACAUCCAGACGACAAAAGAUCAAACAUACAAAGUAUGACGCCCACCUGCUACCAGGAGGGUAUGCACCAACAGCAAUCCCUUUGGUACUUGAACAUUAUGGCAGAUGGGGUGAUGAGGCUCAACAGUUCUAAAGACUCUUCCUCUCAUGUCUUAUGAUGAGGACGGUCAUCAGAAUGCAUCCAAUUUAGAACAUAUCAGAGACAACGUUUAUCAGUUCAGUUACAACAAUGUAACGCUAGAGUGAUUUCCAGGAAGACAUCCCGCUUACUGGAACAUACAAGGAAAGUCAAGAGAAUGAACAAUAUACACAAUUAUUAAUGUGCUUUACUGUACAGCCCUAUAUAGGGCUGGUUUCUGUA